CGGUCGCCGCCAGCCAGGGGCCAUGCUGUUGCUCCUGCUGGGCCUGCUAAGCCCGGUUGCCUGCUGGGCACUGGGCCUGGCCGCUGACCCAGGCUCCUCAGAGCUGCGCUCAGCCUUCUCGGCUGCACGCACAACACCUCUGGAGGGCACUUCAGAGAUGGCAGUGACCUUCGACAAGGUGUACGUAAACAUCGGAGGCGACUUCGACGCAGCCACCGGGCAGUUCCGCUGCCGCGUGCCCGGCGCCUACUUUUUUUCCUUUACUGCCGGUAAAGCCCCGCACAAGAGCCUGUCGGUGAUGCUGGUGCGCAACCGCGACGAGGUGCAGGCUCUGGCCUUUGACGAGCAGCGGCGUCCAGGCGCUCGGCGCGCUGCCAGCCAGAGCGCCAUGCUGCAGCUCGACUAUGGCGACACGGUGUGGCUGCGGCUCCAUGGCGCGCCACAGUACGCUCUCGGCGCGCCGGGCGCCACCUUCAGCGGCUACCUAGUGUACGCCGACGCUGAUGCCGAUGCGCCUGCGCGCGGGCCGCCCGCGCCCCCCGAGCCACGCUCUGCCUUCUCCGCGGCGCGCACGCACAGCCUGGUGGGCUCGGACGCGGGCCCUGGGCCGCGGCACCGGCCGCUCGCCUUUGACACCGAGCUGGUCAACAUUGGCGGUGACUUCGACGCGGCGGCCGGCGUGUUCCGCUGCCGCCUGCCCGGCGCCUACUACUUCUCCUUCACGCUGGGCAAGCUCCCGCGCAAGACGCUCUCGGUGAAGCUGAUGAAGAACCGCGACGAGGUGCAGGCCAUGAUCUACGACGACGGCGCGUCGAGGCGCCGAGAGAUGCAGAGCCAGAGUGUGAUGCUGGCCCUGCGGCGUGGCGACGCGGUCUGGCUGCUCAGCCACGACCAUGAUGGCUACGGUGCCUACAGCAACCACGGCAAGUACAUCACCUUCUCCGGCUUCCUGGUGUACCCCGACCUCACCCCCUCUGGCCCGCCGGGACUCGGGCCCCCGGAGCUCUGAGCCCCGACCGAUCCCAGAGGAGCCCCGGAGGGCYAAGGGGCGUGCAUGCCGAGCCGGACCGCGGCCCGAACGCCCCACCGGCGCGAGCAUGACGGCCUGCCCAGCGCGGCUGGACUCUGCCAAUAAAGUGGGCCUGCGCCGGCCAGCCCA